AUGGAGGCCGAGUUCAUCUCAGCGUCGCAGGCAGGACGUGAGCUACUAGGCACGAAGGAAUUGCUGAACGAGCUAAAGUUGCGUGUGCGCGAGCCUAUGCCGAUGUGGAUCGACAAUCAAGCCACCAUCAAGCAGCUUGAAUCGAAAAAAAGACUACUUUGA